UGGAGGAGGCCCAACCUAACAACAUAUUUUAACGGCCACCGGUCCCAAGUUUCGGCUGUCGGUUCAUGUCCAAACCUUGGACAUAUCUAAAUUUAGAAACACAAACCCAAAAUCCCAUUUUUAUUUACAAACAUAACCCAAAUGCUAAAUUUGUUUCUUUUCUUUGCGUUUAUAGUAAUUUUUUAAUUGUCUUUACUCCUGUCCCCCCCACACAAAUUUUUUUCCUUUUCAGCAAUGUUUCCGGAUUUGGGUAAUUAAAAAUUAAAGCGGGCACAGUGCCGUCUCCGUCUAUAUCUCCUAUUCACUCGAGAAAAGUUUCUGGACCGCCGGCGCUGUAAUGGAAGAAGGUGACGUUGGUAACGGAGCUCGACUUGGUGAUCACCCCCGCGAUUCCGGGGGAGACUUUGGGAUGAUGCUUUACGGAUGCGAGCAUUACCGGAGACGAUGCCAACUCCGCGCCCCGUGCUGCAACGAGGUUUUCACCUGUCGCCAUUGUCACAACGAGGCCAAGAGCGGUUUGAGCUUUCCCAAGGAGCCUCAUGAACUUGUUCGCCAUGAUGUUAAGCAAGUUGUUUGUGCUGUGUGUGAUACUGAGCAGCAGGUUGCUGGAAUCUGUGAGAAAUGUGGGGUGAAAUUUGGGGAGUACUUCUGUGAAAUCUGCAGGUUUUAUGAUGAUGAUACAUCAAAGAAGCAGUUUCACUGCAAUGAUUGUGGGAUCUGUAGGGUCGGAGGUUCUGAAAAUUUCUUUCACUGCCAGAAGUGCGGCUCUUGCUAUGCGGUUGAUCUGAAAGAUAAUCAUGUGUGCGUGGAGAACUCUAUGAAGAAUCACUGCCCAAUUUGCUAUGAGUUCCUUUUUGAUUCAGUGAAGCGCACAACCAUUAUGAAGUGUGGGCAUACAAUGCAUAUGGAUUGCUACACCGAGAUGAUAAGCCAGAACCAGUACCGGUGCCCAAUCUGCAACAAGUCGGUGCUGAACAUGUCCCGAACCUGGGAAACAUUAGAUCAGGAGAUUGAAGCUACAAUCAUGCCCGAGGAAUACCGCUAUGAAGUUCCAAUAUUGUGUAACGACUGCAAUAACACCAGCACCGUAAGAUUUCAUGUCAUUGGCCACAAAUGCCGCCAUUGCAACUCAUACAACACCCGCAACCUAGCAACCAGUGAAAAUCGCGAAUGACCAUUUGUUCAGUUGAUUAGAGAAGUUGGAUUUUAGACAUUUUUUCUCAUUGCUUAAAACAUAGUUUCAUGACAAUGUUAGUUGGUUUGUUCUUGCAUUUGGUCUCUUUAACUGUAAAGGAGAUCUGUGGCAUAUUGGACCAAUUUUUUACUAUUUUAUAGCAGCAACUUUUAAACU